AUGUCGUCGCCGAAUAAUACAUCAACAUCGUCCAGAGAGAAUGCCGCCGCUGGUGCCGACGAGAAACCUCGCCUGACUGAGGAGGAGAAGAAGCAGAAUCACAUUGCUUCAGAACAAAAGCGUAGACAAGCCAUUCGCGAAGGAUUCGACCGCCUGACUGAACUCGUCCCUGGUCUAGAAGGCCAGGGCCGGUCCGAGGGCCUCGUGCUGAAGCGCACCGUCGAAUAUAUGCGCCAACAAAUGCAAGAACGUCGCGCACUUAUUGAGCGCAUCGAGCAGUCAGGCGGUCAUGUAGACGACGAGCUCAAGAAGUUAGUUUGCUCCUCCUUUAACCCCUAA